UUUUCAGUUGGAUGCAUGACAUCGAUCUUAUUUUGUUCUUGUUUUCUACGGAGUUGGAAAUGCUGCAAUGUUUUAUUAUCCGUAAAUGAAUUUUCCAGUUUGUACUAUGUAUUUCCAUGCAAAUGUGAGUACAGCAACAAUCGCGAUUUCUGUUCAGACCGGCGCUAAGUAUUUAUAUUUUCAUGGCACAUAUUUCCGUCGAAACUUCGUCUCUGCAAGAACUAGUUAAACAGAAAGAAAAUGAAUGGAGGGAAGCGCAACAACUGCAAAAUAAAUCAUUGCAGAGUGCUCUUAAGGAGAAAGAAGGACAGCUUAACAACCAAAGAGUGCGAUUUAGGAAGCUGAAAGAGGAUUUUGAAUACAACCUGAAACUGUUGGAAGAGAGAGACCAAGAGCUACAGAGAUACGAUGUGUUGUUUUCGCAAGUUAGAAACAUCAAUAGUUUAAGGGAUGGGGAGGUCAGUGAUCUAAAAAUCCAAUUAGAUGACCUCAAACUCAAAUUAUCUCACGAGGAGAAGGCCAAAGAAGAACUGCAGAGGCACUAUCAACAGCGUUUGAGGGAACAUCAACAGGAAUUGAACCAGUUCAGACUCAACAAAGAAAAUGAGGUGAACAAGGAAAGAGAGGAAUUUGAGUCAUUCAAAAGAGAGCUACAAGUACAGCUGAGGGCAGCUGAGGAGGAUGUGGAAGCUCAGAGGCAAGAGUUAAUGUCAGGAUUUGAUGAUGCACAAUGCAAAAGAGAACAUGAGUUCAGAAAGAAGGCAGAUGACUUGAGUAAUUCUUUACUUGCCAGUGAGUUAAAGGUUAAAAUGCUCACAAAGGAACUAGAGUUACUCAGAGCCAGUGGAGAAAGAACAAAAGAUGAACUGGAAGACACGGAGACAAUUGUCCACAAUUUAGAAAAGGAGGUGAAGAUGAAGGAAUGGCAGUUAACAGAUGAAAAAAACAUGAACCAAGCCAAGGUGGCUGAAAUGGAAGCAGAAAAGGAACAGUUAAGAUUGACAAUAAACAAGAUGCAAGAGAAAUUUCAACACAAACACACAGAGUUGGAUCGAUAUGCUAAGGAAAAGGAACAAGCACUUAUUGCAGCUAAAGAGGCCCAUGGUGAGCUUGAAAGAAGUCUAGAGGAAAAAAUCCGAGUCUUGCAGAAUCAACUAGAAACUGAGCAAGUGGAAUGCCGUAGACUUCAAUGGGCCAUCAGGGAUGCUGGGAAGGAAAAAGAGUUGGAACUUCAAAGACUACUGGGAACCGUAGCAGAUCUAGAACACAAACUGGAAAAACAGUCCGCUGACCACGCCAGAUCCACAGUGGCUCGUGACCUUGAACUAGAAGCUUUACGUCAACAGGAAGAAAAGAUGAGGCUGGAAAUAGUUGUGCUCAAGGAGAACGCUGAAAGAUAUAAGAAAGAACUCACUGUAGCUUUGGAGCGAGAGUCUUCCAUGGAACGAUCCAGAGCUCAACUUGAAGUUGAUUGGCAGCGGAGAUGCGAGGACACCGAAAGAGAGGUGUACAGUAAACAGGAGCAGCUUUUUGCAGCUCUCACAAAGCAGAGAGAUGAGGCUGCGGCGCUUGAUCAAGAACGGGAGCGAGAGUUAGCACAAAGAGAUGAACUGAUUCGCGUCUUGUCGCAGACAAGAGACCAGGCCCUCGCAACCCUUCAAAGGCACAGUCUCGCCAUUCCAGCAGAACUACCAAACAACGAAGAGCAACACGGAUCUUCUUCGCGUGAUGUUGAAAAUCUUCGUGACCUCCUUCCUGAGGAGAAAAUCAAAGAGCUAGAAGUACAGAACAGUAAUUUGAGAUCUGUGAUUAGACAAAUGAGGCAGGACAUGGAGAAUCUUGGUAAUGAAUUUGCUGCAAGGCCCUCUUCGGCUGUGCUGCAACGAAGAGAUAGUGAAAAUGGGUCGCCCGUCCCACUGACCAAAGAAUAUGUGGAGUCACUUGAAAAGGAGAUCACCGAAUUAAAGUCAAAGAACCGUGCAUUGAAACAGCAAGUUGAGGAGAAACCACGGUCGGCGCAACCUGGUCGGGGGACACAAAUAGCGGUACAUGGCGGUCAACCGCAAGAUCAGUUCAUACAGGCACACAUUAGGGAGCUGAAUGGAACAAUUGGUGCUUUACGCCAGGAAAAACUCGAGCUGUCAGCACAAGUGAAGAAACUUCAAGGCACCGUGGAUCAUCUGCAGGGGUCGCUGACGCAUUCGCAAGAAGAGGUUCGCCAGAAACAGUUAGCAAUGGAUCAGCUACGGUAUGAACUUACGACACAGAGUAGGCGAGCCACUGAUGAACUGACUGCUCUGAAACAGCGAGUAACCGAGCUGGAACUGCAGCUGACCCAGACCAGAAGAGAGGCGGACGAGUACUUUAAGAGCGGACUGGAACGGAAUGCUGAGGCUACUUCCUUAGGAAAUCAGCUGUCAAGUCUAAAAGUUGAACUUGCAUCUCAAGGGGGAGGAGCUGUAUCAUUCAGUCCUCAGGCAGAAGUCAUCAAACAACUUCAAGAUGAGAUUCAUCGCCUGAGGAAACAACUAGCAACAGGUGUUCAAACAAGCGACAAAGAUUUCUUCGACCCAGUUUCCCUUUCUCAACCGUCAGUAUCUCAGAUGGCGCGGCUACAAAGCAAACUACACGAGGCGGCGCGGCGCAUCAGCCGAAUGUCUCAAGAGAAAGAACAGCUUAUUCAGAUGGGAAAUAGACUCAGAGCGGAGCUCGGAAAAUAUACAGGUGGCCGAAUGAGUGCUGCCCCUGGCAGUGAUAUCAGCCAUCACCCUCAGCCCUUUGUCACCCAAGGCUCCUCAGAAAAGACCCCUAUCGGAAGGACGCCAGGUGAAACGAAAGACCAUUUACAGAGCCAAUUAGGUGCUGUGGAAAAUCUUCAAUAUCAACUCACUUCUCAGGAGCUCCAGUUUGCACAGCGCAUGGCUCUUAAAGAGCAGCAAGCCGCUGAACAUGUCAAGAUCACUGUGGCCUCAACUUCAAGUGAUUCUAAUGAUGAUGGCAAAGUGUCAGAUUCUCUAUUGGAAUCGCAAGGUUUAGUAUCUCGCGAUACGAAUACAAAAGACAGCGCACCAGUGGAUAAUCAUGUCACUGGUCCAUCACCCAAUCAGUGGACGUCUUCGCCAGUUUACGAUCAACCACUGUUUACGUCAUCUUCCGAAGGCCAAGCGUCGUUACAAGAAAUUUGGAAGAUGUUGGACGAAGAAGAAAGUUUCCAAAGUCCAACUCCCAGGAAAGCUCGCCCCAGCUCUACUCAGCGACUUAAAGCCACAAGGGACCAAGACCCUGAUCAUAUUCCAGCGCGGGAUUCUUCCGAGCGUGAUUCGUUCGCCCUAAAAGGAAGGCGAACGGAAGUUCAAAGUAGACCUUCAAAACAGCGACCAGAAUUGUCCAAAAAGGCUGCUGGGAAAGUUAGGUUGGCUCCAAAGAAAAUGACAGUGAGAAAUUAUAACAUUAGAGACAAUGGCUGAGAGGAACGAAAUCA